GAGAUACUGCCAUCGUUGGAAUCGAUGACCUUGCUUGCAAAGAACAAUGGGAGGAGCUGUUGAAAACCAUGUGCUCUGCGAAAACACGCGUGAAGGCACUAGAAUCAUCCGGUAGGUCUGAGAGAGCAAUUUUAAGCCUGCCGCUCAUGGUUUUCCAGCAUUAGAUGGUGCACCACAGGAAUCAAUCCUCACUGACGAAGUCUCCGUGCACGCCUAUCUCGAAGCCAAAGCUGCCAAACCACACGGUCGUCAGUUCGAAAUCAUGUCAGAAGAUGCUCUCUUUCAUGAAGGUGCCGAAAUUAACACCUCGUGGUAGAUCCAUUUGCCAAGAAAACUCCUUAGCACCGUUUUCUAUCACGGCUGCCUGCCUGCAAAAACUUUGGUCGACCUUCGAUAUAUCGUCUAUAUUCCUGGACGUCCUGCUUGGGAUACACAGUGAAGGCCGAGUAUCAGAGGAGGCGUACGGAAACACCUUCUACAAUAAAUCGGUCCCAAGCGAAGGAAAACGCAGCUUCGAUAUUGCAUAUCAACUGAAGUAUGCCGAGGCGAAUACGCACCAUCAAGGUUUUCCCUGGUCUUUCCGCAAUACGGAAGUCUAUCACAGAUUCUCCUCAACUCAGGAUGAAAUCCAAAGCUCUUGUCUGGUCUUCCAUCCGAUGGAGUGCUCGAAGGGUGAGCAGCGGCUGUAUGCUGAGACUGUAGAUGCCACUCGAUGGAGUCGAAUGCAGCGGAACCCAUUGCGUCUGCAUAUAGUGCUCGUGUGCACUUAUGUCGACAAUUGGCGGGCCGUCCUGGCACAUCUUGGGAAGAGAUACCAAGAUCAACGCAAAGCAAUAUCGACCGUGGAUUUCGAAGACGAUGAAGACUUCAACCAGACCCUCAACUUUGCUACUAUGCUGAAACUUCGUGCUCUUGAAGAAAGGGUCCAGCAGGUCCUUGUGAUGCUGAAGACAACGCAAACUUUAGUCGAGAAGCUGAUCAGGGCAAACAAUGACUUGCUCGCCGAGGGCCUGUAUGACGGGUCCGAGCAUGCUUCGACGGCAAGCUCUUUGGAGUCUAUCCUCAUCCGCCUCAACGGAUACCAGGACUCCGUAAGCGCUCUAGCAAGGAGAAUAACAAGUCUCAUGAAGCUGGUUACCGAUGCUUUGAACCUUCGCAAUCAAGCCGCAGCAGCAGUGAGCCAAAAGAUAGCUGCAAAUAACCAGAGGAUAGCGACUGGUAUCAGCCAGAGCGUUUACAAGCUUACGCUGGACAGCGUAGAUGACAGUGCCGUGGUCAGAGUGGUCACACUGGCGACUUUGUUGUAUCUUCCUGGAAGUUUUGUUGCGUCUCUUCUCGGUAUGAACGUCUUCGACUUCGAUGGGCCGAGGAAAAGGCUGAACGUUACCAAAGACUUUUGGGUCUAUAUCAUUGUAACCAUUCCUCUGACGAUGGUGACUGUCCUACUAUGGUGGGUAGCUACCAGAAGAGAGAAAAGGAAGCGCAUGAAGAAGGCUUCUAGCUCGGGUGUUUGAUACUUUUAGCCAAACAAUUUGUCUCGGCCUCUUCAGUUAGACUUAAUAAUAGCCUUUCGCACCUCAGCAGCUUUGCCUCCUUUAGUGCAACGAGCAACAUACGCCCAUAGUCCAGAGGAUCCAGAGGGUCCAGAGCACAGUGUAAAAUCGCUGGAGGCCGGAGAGUAAUCAGCAAGU